GUGCUCUUGCAUUGGAAGCUUUACAUAAGCAAGUAUUACCAUUCUUACUUCGAAGAUUAAAAGAGGAUGUCUUGAAUGAUUUGCCACCUAAAAUCAUUCAAGAUUAUUAUUGCGAACUUAGUGAUUUACAGAAACAACUUUAUGAACAAUUUGCUAAAUCUCAAACAAAGAGCGCUGUUGAAUCAGAGAUUGAUACUGAUGAUAUUGUUGAUGAGAAGAAAGAAAAGAAAACGACACAUAUUUUCCAAGCGAUACAAUAUUUGCGUAAAUUAUGCAAUCAUCCUUUACUUGUGGUUAACAACAAACAUCCACAAUAUCGUACAGUCAUGGAUAAACUUAAAGCCAAUAAGUCUUCUUUACACGAUUUGGAAAAUGCUCCCAAACUACUUGCUUUAAA